AUGCACAUCAUUAAGCCAGUCUGGCUUACCCAUGGAGGUGAACGGAAAGACUUCGAGGUUUACAGUUGCGACGUUUCGCCAGAUGGGAAGAGAUUGGUGACUGCAGCAGGAGAUGGCUACGUGCGCAUUUGGUCUACCGAGGCCAUCUACAAUACCGGAACUGCGGAAUUCGCUAGCAAACCGAAACAACUUGCAUCGAUGAGCAAUCACUCCGGCACAAUCCACACGGUUCGAUUCUCACCCAAUGGAAAAUACCUUGCUUCAGGGGCGGAUGAUAAGAUUGUUUGCGUUUACACACUUGAUGCGAAUCCUCCGACCCACACAUCAACGUUUGGUUCGGACGAAGCACCACCAGUUGAGAACUGGCGUACGAUCCGACGAUUGAUCGGCCACGACAACGAUGUUCAGGAUCUAGGAUGGUCGCAUGAUUCCUCGAUUCUUGUAUCCGUGGGACUGGACUCAAAGGUCGUUGUUUGGUCAGGACACACUUUCGAGAAGUUGAAAACAAUAGCUGUACACCAGAGUCAUGUGAAGGGUAUUACUUUCGACCCUGCCAACAAGUACUUCGCAACGGCUAGUGACGAUCGUACUGUCCGUAUUUUCCGAUUUACUUCUCCAGCACCAAAUUCUACAUCUCAUGAUCAGAUGAACAACUUUGUCUUGGAGCAGACCAUCACAGCACCUUUCGCCAACUCCCCUUUAACAGCUUACUUCCGACGAUGCUCUUGGUCACCAGAUGGUAUGCAUAUUGCUGCGGCAAAUGCAGUCAAUGGACCUGUCAGCUCGGUAGCUAUUAUCAAUCGUGGCUCAUGGGAUGGUGAUAUCAAUCUCAUUGGCCAUGAAGCUCCUGUUGAAGUUUGCUCAUUUUCUCCACGACUUUACUCUCGCGAGCCACCUCAGAAGCAAUCAGCCGAUAGCCAGGGAAAUGGUGCACAGGCCCAUAUCACCGUUAUUGCCUGUGCGGGUGCUGAUAAGUCCUUAAGUGUCUGGAUCACAAGUAAUGCUCGCCCGAUGGUGGUAGCCCAAGAGAUGGCCGCCAAGUCAAUUUCAGAUCUCGCCUGGAGUCCAGAUGGCAAAUGUCUUUAUGCCACUGCAUUGGACGGGACCAUUUUGGCAGUCCGUUUUGAGGAAGGCGAGCUAGGCUACGCAACCGAGAUGGAAGAGAACGAAAAGUCAUUGACUAAGUUUGGAACGAACCGUAAGGGCGCCGGUAUCACGGAGACCACCGACGGUUUGUUACUCGAAGAGAAGAGCAAAGCUGGUGAGAUCAAGGGUGUUGAAGGCCGCAUGGGGGCACUUAUGGGUGACGGCGCGGAAGCUGCCGCUGUGAAUGGAGGAACUACAACCCAGCCACCAAAUGGCACAACUCCUGCCAAAGCCUCUUCUCCCAAUCCAGAACCUGCGAAGACGCAAACGAAUGGAACCACGUCAACCCCCGCCGCAAGUGAGCCCGAAAAGCCAGACCCAUACCUUGCUAAGCUAGAAAGGCUUAAGCAACGUCCGACAUACACAAAAGACGGCAGAAAACGUAUUGCUCCUUUACUUGUUUCUGGAGCCGGUGGUGGAGAGUCUUCUUUACCACAAGCUCGCCUGAUGGCUUCAGUGAGUAGUCAAGUGAAAGGUGACGCGCCAACUUCCAUCGUUGAUCUCUCAAAACCGUUUGACGGUUUGCCCAAAGGUGGUCUGGCUGCUUUACUCCUUGGAAACAAGCGAAAGCUCGCUCAAAUUGACGGUGACGAGGAGGGACAAACGGAAAAACGUGUCGCAGUUGCAAGUCAAAACGGCGCAACACCCAUCAUGGCCAAUACUCCCGAUGGGCUGCUUCCUGCUCAAACACAAUCUGCUCCAGCGGGCCAACAACCUACUCCUGAAUUCAUUCGACCUGCAGUCGUAAACCCUUGCAUGUCUGUCAGUCAACUCCGACUUGCAGUGCCCAAGCUUCGAAGUCAUAUCUUGCGUGCCCUUGAUUCUACCGGAAAGCCUACAGAGCCGCCUGCUCCUGGUGGAGGAGAUUCAAGCACCAAGUCUCGCGUCGAUGUUGUUUUUGAAGCUCGGAAUCCUUCCCCAGCUAGUCUGACUGGCCGGGCUGUGGAUCGGGAACCAGUCCGUCUUACCCUUUUCCGUGGCGAGCAGCCAUUAUGGCAAGACUUCCUGCCUAAGUCUGUUUUACUGGUCACGGGAAACCAAAGCAUGUGGGCGGCUGCCUGUGAGGAUGGUUCGGUCUAUCUCUGGACUCCUGCUGGUCGUCGUUUAGUGAGUGCCCUGGUUCUGGAAGCACAGCCUGUGAUUCUCGAAUGCAAUGGCCCAUGGAUUCUCUGCAUUUCUUCCGUAGGCAUGUGCUAUGUCUGGAACGUGAAGCACCUCUCUUCUCCCCACCCUCCCGUCUCUUUACAGCCUGUUCUCGAUGCCGCUAUCUACGUCAUGGGUGCCAAUCCCACAAAUGUUCCCGCUGUCACGAACGCCAGGAUCAACUCAGAAGGUCGAAUUGUCGUGUCAUUGACAAAUGGCGAAGGCUACUCGUACUCACCAUCAAUGUACACGUGGCAACGAGUUUCUGAAGCGUGGUGGGCUGUUGGCAGUCAAUACUGGAACUCUACCGAAGCGCCCGUGGGCAAUCUACAGGCCCGAGACGCACAACAAGACACCAAAGACGCCAAAGCUGCGGUGUCGGCAGGCAUCAUUCCCUUCUUGGAGCGUAAUACCACCAAUGAGACUCUUCUUCGUGGCCGUGCAUACUUCCUUCAACGACUCAUCAAAGUUCUGCUCUCUCGUGAGGGCUACGAAACCUUUGAAUCCACGGUUUCGAUUGCUCAUCUAGAGAACCGCAUGGCUGCUGCGCUCUCUCUGGGCGCGAAGGAGGAGUUCCGUCUAUACCUGAACAUGUAUGCCAAGCGCAUCGGUGCAGAGGGACUCAAAUUGAAGGUAGAGGAGCUGCUCAAGGGGCUAAUCGGUGGACUAUUUGAGGAUGAAGAAGGUUCGGAUGUCGUAUCUAAGCUCCAGGCUAAUGAGCGUGAGGGCCGUAACUGGCGUGAAGGAUCAGAAGAUCUGUGUGGCUGGCCGCGGGAGACUUUACUGAAGGAGGUGAUUCUUGCUCUUGGCAAAUACCGUGAACUCCAACGUGUGACUGUUCCGUAUGCCAAAUUGUUGGAUAUGGUGGAUAGCAGAGCAGAUGCCGAUGCGAUGGAUCUAUGA